ACACCAAAUAAGGGAAACUAGUCUUGAAAUUGAAGCAGAAAACAAGUGAUUCAGACACAAGUACCGAAUAAAACUCCCAUAGAUUUUGAGCUAAGGUUUAUGCAGCGUGGUUUCUGGGUUUUCUUUCGAGCUGGUUUGGACAAUUUUGGCUGCAUGGAUACUGAAAUCUAACUAAAAGAAUCUCUUGCUUUUGGGGGUUCUCUUAUUUCUCCAGAUUGAGUGAUGCAUUUCAUGCAUAGCUGGGGAUUUAUAGCUUCGUUUGCUUCUGUGAAUAAGGAUACCUGUUGGCGUUAAUUUUGGGGUAGUUUUCAUUUUAGAUUGUUGUAUAGGAAGAGGGGAAAAGCAAGAAGACGGUAGUUUAAUGGUAGCUCAGAAAAUGGGAUCUCAUGGGGGUGGCAGUAAUAACACUGGGUUGAGCCAAGCCCAAACCCAGACCCAAAUUCAGAGUCAUGACCCGAACCCGUUGGCUCGACAGGGAUCACUGUAUAGCCUCACUCUUGAUGAGGUGCAGAACCAUUUGGGUGACCUGGGAAAGCCCCUUAGUAGUAUGAAUCUUGAUGAGCUUCUUAAGACUUUAUGGACUGCUGAGGCUAAUAAUCAGGCUGGGGAAGGAGGUGUUGAUGGCGGGCCUAACGUGCAGCUUCCGGGCCAAUCUGCGCCUGGGUUGUCGUUGAAUCAGCAAUCGAACCUUAUGCUGUCGAUGGAUCUCAGCAAGAAGACUGUGGAUGAAGUGUGGCAGGACAUCCAGCAGGGGCAGAAAAGGAGCAGUCUUGAUAGGAAAACCACGCUUGGGGAGAUGACAUUGGAGGAUUUCUUGGUGAAGGCGGGGGUGGUCUCUGAGUCUGUUGGAGGGAAUAAGGUUUUAAGCUCUGUUGGUGAUGGUGGUGGGGCUGAUCUUACGGGGUUGCCUCAGCACACUCAGUGGAUGAAUUAUCAGAUGUCUUCGAUGCAUCCUCCGCAGCAGCAGCAGCAGCAGGGCAUGCUGCCUGCUUUCAUGCCUAGUCAUCCAGUCCAACAGCCUAUUACUCUUGGUGGAAAUCCUAUCAUAGAUGCUGGUUAUCCCGAUGCUCAAAUGACUAUGUGUUCAUCCCCUCUUAUGGGUACUUUAUCAGACACACAGACACCUGGGCGUAAAAGGGUUGCUCCUGAUGAUAUAGCUGAGAAAAGCGUUGAGAGGCGACAAAAGAGGAUGAUCAAAAAUAGGGAAUCUGCGGCCAGAUCACGAGCAAGAAAACAGGCUUACACUCAUGAACUGGAGAACAAGGUUUCACGUUUGGAAGAGGAGAAUGAAAGGCUCAAGAGACUGCAGGAAGUGGAGAAGGCGUUGCCAUGCAUACCACCACCGGAGCCAAAAUACCAGCUGCGUAGAACGAGCUCAGCUCCCGUGUGAGGAUUGUGUAAUAAUUAUAACGUAGUUAAUGUUGUUAGUUGUUUGGAGUUAAGUAGUUGGAGGGAUGAGUCGCGGGGUAGAUUAGCAGUUGUGAGUUUCCCUCAUCUAACAUCCUUGGGCUGGCUGUCUCGUGCCCCAUUGAACCUUCAUGUCUCAUGUACAUUUUUAGUGUUACAAACUUUGGCAAGCUUUGUUAACUGUGGUGGUUUAUAACAUCAUGAAUCUUUAUCUAAAA